GUUUUCUAAUUAGCUAAAAUUUGUCAUCAUUUAUAACAUUACCAGAAGAGCUACACACACAAAAAUCUCACUUUGCAUUGUUUUAAGUAGGCACAAACAAGAUUGUGUAUUCUGAGAUACAAAAGCUAAUUUGUACCAAGAAACUUCCUUUGAUUUUCAAGCCUGGUGGAAACGGUACCUUUACUUUUCCAUCUUUUGUUAGAUGUUUGUGUACUGUGUCUCAGCAAACUAGAAGCAAGACAUGGCAUCUUGAAACUAAGGUUGUGUUAGAUAUAGGAAUAAUAUAAUUCAUCUUCUGUGUCUACACGAGGGUGAACUUCUCUUGAUUUUUAAGUUUGCUUGUUAUUUUGGUCAUCUUUCUUAAUAUUGGUCACUAUCCAGUGAUUCAUGAGAAAAUUAAUGCUGAAUAUUUAGCCUUUUAGCUAGAACUUCUUGUGCCGCUGAAUUGAUUCCUCAGUUGCCUUGCACUCGUAACACACUUUCAUUCUUUAACAUUGCUCUUCCAUCCUUGGGAAAAUGCUACAGGGAAAUGGGAAUUUCCUCUCAGCAUUACCCCUCUGGCAGUGUGUUUAAGUCGGGGGCUGGCUCUCUGUUUGGGUUUCUGCUCCUUCUCCUUCAUAGCAGUUUGAAUUAUGCUCCUCUACCAAAAGGAGGGAGGGCAGUUAUCCCCCCCUGUGCAGUCUGGAAAUCGGGGCGCGCCUCUCUGGUGAUGAAUCGCUAUGAGCUGCUGAAGAUGCCAGUGUGUGUGCCUGCACAAGCAUUUUCUUUCCCCUCCCCCACUGCUUCCCUUUCCCAAGCCCCCUCUCUCCCCAUUUCCCCUCCUACUCCUUAUCCCCUCCCUCCGUGUCUCAGUUCUGCAGUAAACCAGGCUGAGGCACAUUCCUGCUUUGCAAGGCUUUCUGUUAAGGAUGUUUUGUGGCUUUUGUUUGGAUUGCAGCAUGCAGAAUUACAGCUAUUCAGAGGAGACUCAUUACAACUCCUGCUGAAGCUCCUAAUUUUCUUCCCUUCUCUUCUGCCCCUACUCCCUACCCUCAUUGGCCUGAAGACAUUGUUCCCAGAAUUUGCUUUACUCCCCUGGCACUAUGUGUAUGGUAAACCUGAUACUAUGGCCGUGUCUGGGACUGGCCAGACAACGGCUGCCUGCUCUCCCUAUUCCAAGGACUUAAAGGGGGAUUGUACUGCAGGCAAUGCAUCAGAGCAGCACCAUCGAGAGCCCAGGGACUGA